AUGUUAUUUCGAACUCGAUGGGACCGAGAAAAACUUCGAGAUAUCCGAGAGUUCGAGACACUGAGGAGAUCAUUAGAAAUGGGUGGAUGUAACUGUAUUCUAUUUUAUAUCAUUAUAACACUUUAUACACAGUCUAAAGGUGAAUCCAGAGUUCUAAGAGGCUUUCAAGAUUCCAACAUGAAGAACAGGGUUUUUUCAUCACAUCCUAUUAGUGCAUCCGUAAAAAGAAGUAAAAUACAAUGUGUUGAUGCGUGUUCAAUGGUGGAGAAUUGUCUCUCUUUACUCUAUAAUAGUGUUACACGGAUCUGUAAACUUUAUGACCAAGAUUUCACUCAAGAAGAUGCCCUCCCUUACGAAUUCGAAGAAAAUUUGGAUUAUUUCUACAUUAUUAGAGUUCCAGAUGGAUCUAUUACAAAAGCGGAAUGUGAUAAACAGUCUGACUUCCGGUAUAUAUAUUUGCUGGACUUCUGCAUCAAAGUUUUCUUCGAUGACAAGAAUUACGAGGAAGCUUUGGAAAAAUGUAAAACAUUUCAUGGCGGUAACCUGGUGAAAAUUGACAGAAAACUGAAGCAAAAAGAAGUUGAAAGUUACUUAGAUACCGUGUCCUCCAAUCUGGAUUCUGACGACCAGAUACGCAUCGCAGGCUAUCGCUCCAGGGACGACCAUUGGGUUUAUGACGACAACCAAAAGCUGACUUAUUUUAACUGGAACACGGAGCGAGACCAGCCUGAUGGACAGUCGGGUAUCGCACUGAAAAUGACCAGUUCCGGCUACAGAUGGCACGAUGUUUCGGACUAUAGAGACCUCAAGUUCAUCUGUGAAAUCAGCGCGCGAUAGAAUGAGAAGGCAUCGAUCCUAUUGAAGCAAUUGCACAAUUUACCAUAAUGUACCAUAAAGAUUUCUGCACUGAA